AUGGACGACAAGGCCGGCAUUGCUGUCGCACUUAUGAAAACCGAUAUCAAGAACCCUGUUAAACCUCAAUACGACCGCGUUAUCUUAGUCUUUACAGGCGCUGAAGAACGCAGCAAGAUGGCCCUUGCGAUGUCCGAUUAUCUUAACCGCGCUGAGAAGCAUCAGCCUGCCUUACCAGCUGGGUGGGAAACACGAACUGCAUGGUUUCAGACAAAGACCAACGUUCUGGGCCAGGCAGCGCCCCACGAAAGCUGGUACAAGAACCUUCGACCUACCAAAGAGCUCACCGUGGCAACUGGAGAGUCUUUAGCAGCAGAAGUCGCCAGGGUUGGCAGAGGUUCUUUCGUGGACGUCUUCCAGGUCGCGCCCUGCGAAGAUAAUGAUGUCUGGGAUUUCAUCAAUGCAUUACCCAAUAUCAAUGUCUACCAUAUUUUCUUUGGUUAUAAUUCCCGACAAGGUAUCGCCACCGACGAUAUGACCCGAGCGAGUAGACUAGCUCUAUCACAGAGGCAAGUUCAGUUUCACAAGACCCUACAGGCCCGCCUCAGCGACAAACAUCCCAGCGCUCGGGUGAUUUUUACCCAGAACACCGGCCUCAUCAUCCUAGCCAACAAGUACGCAGAAAAAGCGACGAAACUCCAGCAGAUACCCGCUUCACCUAAGGAUUUCAUGACUCAAGUCGUGUCUGCUCGAUUGAAGAAGACGACUCUGCGAGUACAAAUUCUGAAGAUGCUGGAGAGUGCUGUUUCAAAUCAACAGUUUGCACAGGACUCGCCAAGAUGCAGGUCAGACCUUUCGGUCAGCCCGCGCGAAGUCUAG